UAGUCCUCCGAGAAUAAACAUUUAAUAAUCAACAACAAACCAAAGUAAUUCCAAACGUCGCCCGUCGAGAGUCGUCAGGUAGUGCAGCUGGCAGCUCCACCACAAUCCGAUAUAAAAGGCCGACGAACAAGUUAAAGUCACCGACGUGCCCACUCGCAAUUCCUUCUGUCAUCGAUUCAUUGCUUUAAUUCUUCUUCACGCCCAAAGUCAACACGCCUCGCACGAUUCUCAAUCAAAUCCUCCAUGAUAGUCGGAGCUCCCUCCUCCUCCUCCUCCUCCGCCUAUCCCGCCGCAGAACCUCCGCGAAACGCCUCUCCAUCGCCACCCCCAAGGCUGCCUCCCAGCUUUCAAGGUACCGUACCGUCUGUAUUCCGUGGCUCCUCAGAUCUGUAGUGCCGGUAAAGCUUUUCGUGUGAAUCUGGCUUCUGGGUUUUGCGUUUUGAGUUGAAUCUAGCUCCUUUUGAUCUUUAAUUACAAUCACAUUUAUACAGAUAUAGAUAUUAGAUAUUGUAAUUUUUGUUUGAAUUGGUGUUGUGAGUGAUUGAUUUGAAGAAAAAAAUGGAAGCUGACAGUUCACCCAGAAUGAGAUUGGAUCACUUGAAAAAAGAGGGAUCCGAAGAACCCCAUUUGCGUAGAUUCGAGUUAGAACUCCCCGUUAACGAUCACAGGUUUCAUUCGAUGAGUGCUCUGGAAAUUUUGAGAGAAACCGUUAGAAUUCUCCGGUACAAUUCGUGGGGGUUUUUGGCGAUUGCCUUGUUGCUAAUCUGCCCGGUUUCCGCCCUGCUUUUGUCGAAUUUGGUAGUUGAUCAUUCACUUGUAAAGAGACUAACCAUUAGGAUGUUGUUAAUUGCAAAGUCCAGUGGACUCCCUUUGAGGGAUUUUAUCAGUCACUCCUGCCAGAAGUUUGCUGAGAUGGCUAUUUCGUGUACGAUGUGCUUCCCCUUGUACAUCACAUUGUCGUUGUUGUCAAAAGCCGCGGUGGUUUACUCUGUGUAUUGUAGUUACUCCCUGAAGAAGUUUGAUGCAUCACAGUUUUACUUGGUUCUGCGCAAGAUAUGGAGGCGGGUUGUUUCAACUUAUGUGUGGAUGUGUAUGGUGGUUGCCGGUUGUGUCGUCUUGUUUUUGGUUCUUCUUCUUGCUGUGUGCAAUGCAUGUUCGAUAGUAGGGUUGUCGCCGAAUUAUAUUGUGUAUGCUGCAAUGGUGGUCGCGCUCAUCUUCUCGGUUGUUUUUGCCAAUGCCGUUAUUAUUUGCAACAUUGCUAUUGUGAUCUCUGUGUUGGAGGAUGUCUCGGGACCAGAGGCACUGGUUCAGUCUGGGGUUCUGAUCAAGGGCCAGACUCAGGUUGGUCUUCUAAUAUUUCUUGGGUCGAGUAUUGGAAUGGCAUUCGUCGAGGGAUUGUUUGAGCAUAGGGUGAAGACUUUGAGCUAUGGAGAUGGGUCUUCGCGCAUUUGGGAAGGCCCUCUUUUGGUGAUCAUGUAUUCGUUUGUGGUGCUUAUCGACUCCAUGAACAGCGCGGUUUUCUAUUUCAGUUGCAGAUCUUUUAAGAUGGAAACAUCUUUGGAUGGUGAAUCUCAUUCCAUUUUGGAAACGGUUAACUUUUCUUCUGAAUCAGUUGGUAUUCAAUGACACCAUCAACAUAACCUAUUUGUUACAAUUACUUUGAAGAUGGGAGCUGCUGCAUGAAAAAUUAGGAUUUCUUUGCCAGUUUGUGGUCACCGGCUGUUAAACGGCGCAAACUUGUGCAUCGUAGACCUUCCUGGCAAGGGUUCACGGCCAGAGGUAAGCUCAAGUGCCUUCAGCUAGUUAGUAUUUACUUCAUUUGAGUGCAAAGAUCGACUUGUUGAGGGAGCUAGGAGGAUGAAGGAUGAGGAAAAGAUUUCUGGAGGCCACAAAGGAAGUGAUGGGAAGCGUCGUUUUCUUCAAGAAUAAAUUGAUAAAAUCCAUAGUUCAUAUAGUUUUAUUUUUAAGAUACAUUAUGCCAAAUUAGUGUAGCUGAUACAUGCAAGUGACUUCAAAUUUCUCCACAAUUUAUGUGUUGAACUUCUACGUGAUUUUGCUGAAAAUCCAAGGGAGGACAAAAGCUUGAAUCACACAUGUUGAAAUAAAGGUUCUAUUUGGGAAUGAAUGCUUGUAUAUACAUCACUUGUGCUUGUAAACGAUUUUGAUAGAAGUGCUCUUAUUAGAAGCACAAUAAAAAUUUACUACAAAUUCAAGUGUUUAUCCAAAA